UUAAUUAUGCAGCGCUAAACAUCUAUGAAACCAAUUUGUAAUCAGGAGGCGUGACAGCAUACACUUGUGUAAUAACAUUGAACCACCAGAAACCACUAGAGCACUAUUCAUCCCUUGUAUGUGGUCUAACAAAUGAUGAUGUAUGUGGGGCAUUAUAAAAGAUCAACAAAACACCACAGACAGUACCACUGCCUAUCAAUACAAUGUUCCUCUGUUCAUUCGCAACAUACGUCACACGAUAACAAUCACAAAGCACAUUUGAUUUCAGUUACACAACAGCACUUUGCGCGUCAGCAACUAACGUCAUUUGUAAUAUUUGUUUCCGUGAGACACCUUGAUUUAUAUAAUGUUAAGAUAUGGUGCAUUUUACAGUAAACAAACGCACAAACAGCAUUAUAUGUGUGUGUGACGAACUGUUUUGACAAUCACAACAAUGACACGAGGGUGUGUUUACAUUUAAGCGGAUAUGACGUCACUGGUUUUAAACAUCUGCGACCGCGCGCAGGGUUAAUGAAUUAGCUAAACAUUUGAAGAUUUGUUGUCAUCUUGUUUAGGACAUAUAUUUUAGCCCUCGAUUUGUCUUUGUGUUCUUUUGGGCUUGCGAUUUUAUCUGAAAGAUGGACAUCCAGAAAAUCAUCCAAGAUGCACUUUACGAGUUCAUUCGGUCCUUUAUACCUCAAGCAGACCUCAGCUCUCUAGAUGAUGUGAUUUUGUCAUACAUCACUGGGGUGCUAGAAGAUUUGGGAUCCCAAGAUAGCGUGGAGGAAAACUUUGAUGUGGAGGUGUUUGUUGAAAUGCUGGAAGCCUACAUUCCUGGUUUUUCUCAUAUUGACAGUGUUAAAGUUUGCGAGAUGAUGUUUAAUCUGGCAUCCAAGUUGGCUUCCGCACGGGACGCAGAAUCUGAGGAGGUUAAAAAAGAAGAGAAUACAUUUCCUUUGUCAGAAAGAUCUGCCAUUACCGGAACACUCAAGAGAAAGUCCCACAGCCUCCCAUCACAAGCGGAGGAAGCGACAGCUACAGAGGUGACUAAAUCUGUUUGGCAUAACCAGGAGCAGCAUCUUCUUGAGAUGUUUCCCAAAUGUAGUGUGACUGAGGCCAGAAGUGCGUUGUCCAUUGCUAAAGGAGAUAUGGAAGAAGCUGUUCGCCUUAUUAUUGAGGGAGAUAUCCAGCUUAAGUGUCCUCCCUCUCUCGACGGAAACCAAGGGAAGGCUGUAUCUGCUGAAGUUGAUCAGAAACUUAAAGCAAGCAUUUUAGAAAAGUACAUGCUGGUUGACAAUGAAGAAGAUAAAAAAGUACACAGACCAGUCACUCCAAAGGAUGCCCCUAAGAAACUGGUGCGCUACCAUGGAAGUCAAGUGGUCACCACAAAGGGGGAACGCUACCAUCUAGUCAAGAAAGACGAAACUGAAGAUAUGAAGAAGACCUACGUCAGUCUCAAACCAGCACGCAAAUAUCGUUUUCAUUGAUGAUGAGCAUCUUGUUGAUGGACCAUUCAUAUUAUCUUUUAUUCAAUCCUUUUGUCUUUACCUAUGACUGGAAACAAAUGGUUUGUUUUUUAUUUAAUAUUACUUUGUUCAAAAUGAGUGUUCAUUUAUUUAAGUGGUGAUCGAGUUUUUGUUUCCUUGAGAGUUUGAUGGAUUGGAAUAGGUUCUGCUGUGUAUUGUGUAUAACUCCUGCAGGUUGUAUGUAACUGUAUUUUUUUACUAAAACAUUGCAAUAUACUUAGUGACAGUUUGACCAAAAAGUUAAAUUCACAUCAUUUAUUUACCUCCAUGUUGUUCAAAACCUGUUUAUGACUCUCUUCAGUCAAACACAGAAGACGAGAUUUGCAGAAAUGUUUCGGUUGUUUUGUGUCAAUACAUUAGAAGUCAAUGAGGGCUAAUGUUUUUGGUUCUUCAAAAUAUCUUCUUUUGUGUUGUGCAUUAGAAAGUCUGCACAUACUGGUUUGGAAUGACAUGGAGGUGAGUAAGAGAUGAAGGAUUUUUAAUUUUGGGUUAACUAUCCCAUUAAGAACACUGGAGUAUUUAUAUUUGACAGUUUUUUUUAAAUCAAACCUUGUUUGAAAAAGUAUCAUUACAGUCAGUGAAACAUGAAGCUAAGUGGUUGUUUUGUUCUAAAAUCAACCAAUUUAGCACAUUUUCAGUGGCAGGAAAACAUAUUAACAUCAGUGUUAUAUUUUGCAUCCUAUCUUUAUUUUCAUAUGCAGAAAUAAAACAUUAUAUAUAUGUUCCUGCCCGAGAUUAUUGACUAGCAGGGUCUGUGUGACUGGGGGUUUCUCUUAAAGUAAAAAAACAACAUUUGACAAAUGUGCAUAGAUCAAAAAGCAUAUAUCAUUUAGUUUUUAUGUUCUGUAUACUCUGCUGUCUAUGCAGUUUUAGAAAUGGAUGUGGUUUGUGUUCAAGAACAGCUGUAGAGUCAUAUCAAUAUUACAUUGGUAUUUUAUGCAGAUAGUUUGUGCUUGGAGUACUCUUGUUUACUUGUUGACCAUGUGAUGUAUUGCAUAGAGACUCAGUUUCAGCUGUCAACAUUACCAGUCACUUCCAGUACCACCAUGACCCUGAAACUAAUGUGCAGUGAUUAAAUUCAAAUAUAUUCACAUUAUUUUUGAAGGACUGAUUCGUGUUUCUAAAAGUAACCAGUAAAGUUUUAAUGUUUUAAGAAUACUGUGUCUCCUCAGUUUUGUCUCUUCUGACAUUAAUAGUUGUCAAAAUAGUUUUUUGUGGAUAAUUCAUUUUAAAGUUAAAGGGAAAGUCCACCAAAAAAUGGAUUCUGUCAUCCUUUACUCACCCUCAAGUUGAUUCCUAAUCUGUUUAAAUAUCUUUGUUCUGAUAAACACAGAGAAAGCAACUGAAACUUCUGGGACAUAUCUU